AUGGCAUCCAACCCCGAAACCGCUCAACCUCCACCACGAACCCAACCUCAACCGCGUCCACCACCACCCGCGUUCAACCUCACCUACCCCCCCUCCCUAGAACCCUACAACAUCCCCGCGACAACUUGGCUCACCGCAAACUCCAAAUCAUGGGACGGCCUCGCAACAGGCGCCCUCGUCUUCUCCCCCUCGACCAACAAAAUCCUCCUCCUCCAGCGCGCCGCCCACGACAGUAUGCCCCUACGCUGGGAGACGCCCGGCGGUGCAGCGGACCUAGAGGACGUGAGCCUGUUUGCAGCGUGCGCGCGCGAGCUGUGGGAGGAGGCUGGGCUCGAGGCCGUGGAGAUUGUGAGAAUCGUAAGCGAGGGGGAGGGGAAGGACCCAGGGAGCGUGUUUACGAAUCGGACUGGGACGAGGGUGUUUUGUCGGUUUGCGUUUGAGGUUACGGUGAGGGAUGACGGUGAUAGGGGGAAAGGGGUGGAGGAGAUGGUGAGAAUCGAUCCGGAGGAGCAUUGUGAUUUUGUGUGGGCUUCUGAGGAGGAGGUGAGGAGGGAGAGGGUUGGGGAGAGGGAGAUUCCGAUUACGAAUAGGCAGAUGGCGAGGUUGAUUCUUGAUGGGUUCCGGAGGAGGAGAGAGGAGGUCUAG